AUGUCGGCACAACCGUGCGCGACAGAUAUCCUCUCCCGCGCCACCGCAUGCCGAGACGGAUCCGCGGCGGCGCACCUCAAGUUCCUCUCCAUCUUCGUCAUCUUCUUCACCAGCAUGCUCGGCAUGUCCUCUCCCGUCCUCCUCGCCCGUCUCUUCCAAGGAAAGUCGCUCUACGACCGCGCUGUCGCUCUCAUCAAGUGCUUCGCCGCCGGCGUCAUUCUCUCCACCUCACUCGUUCACGUCCUCCCUGACGCCUACUCAUCACUCGCCGACUGCCGCGUCGCCACGCGCCAUCCCUGGCGCGACUUCCCGUUCUCCGGCCUCGUCACACUAAUCGGCGCACUCCUUGCCCUCGCCGUCGACCUCGUGGCAAGCUCUCACGUCGAGCACGCGCAGUACGCGCCGGUGAAGACGAACGAGAAGGAGUCAUCGUCCGCGGAAUCGAGAAUCGAACUCGGCGGCGGCGGAGGAUGUCACGGCGGCGAUAGCACCGGAGCGGUGGCGGCGGAAGGAUCCGCGGUGACGGAUGAGGAAAUGUUGUUGAGAUUGAAGCAGAAAAUGGUUUCUCAGGUAUUGGAGAUUGGGAUAAUAUUCCAUUCGGUGAUAAUUGGGGUUACGAUGGGAAUGUCUCAGAACGUUUGCACUAUAAGGCCUCUCGUUGCUGCUUUGGCUUUUCAUCAGAUUUUUGAAGGGAUGGGUCUUGGUGGCUGCGUUGCUCAGGCUGGAUUUAGCUUUGGAACAAUGGUAUAUAUGUGCUUCAUGUUCUCAGUGACAACACCAAUGGGUAUAGUUUUGGGGAUGGCAAUAUUUUCACUCACAGGGUAUGAUGAUAGUAACCCAAAUGCAUUAAUCAUGGAAGGUUUAUUAGGUUCUAUAUCCUCAGGAGUACUAAUUUACAUGGCGCUUGUUGACCUCAUUGCCGUUGAUUUCUUUCAUAACAAGCUUAUGAACUCUAAUCCAAAGUUGAAAAAGGCAUCUUUUCUUGCCUUAACUCUGGGUUCUGCUGCAAUGUCUAUUCUUGCCCUCUGGGCUUGAUAUUUUUUUGUGUAACUCCUAAAAAGAUAAGAAAAUAAAAAUUAUGCGCUUAAUAAUGUAAGAUGUAAAUACUAAGCCUGUUAGUAAACUGCAAAGGGAUCAAUGGAGGAUUACUUUUUACCGCUUCUCUUAGAUAA